UACCGUAGUGGAAGAAUGGCCGGCUGGAUGUGGCUCAAAUGCGUUUUAGGGCCUCGUCUGCAACGAAUUCACCGUUCUCCGGAGCCGUCUCGCUCAGAGGGCAGGUCGGGGAGGAGGGGAUGGACCUACCAACCCAGGAGUCUGGAGAAACACACUGACAGCAUCCUGGGCUGGGCUUCAGCACUGUGGUCCCUGUCCUACUACAGCUCUCCUCUCCUCCUCUGCUAUCUUUACAGGAAAGGCUACAUCUGCAGCAGUAAGCUGGUCCCGGUCAGCCAGUAUGUGGGCACGGUGCUGGUGUGUCUGCUCGGCGUGGCCUGUCUGCGAGGGUGGGGGAGAUGGAGGAGCCCGGAGUAUCUUCAGUUUGUCUCCAUCCUUGAAGAAACUAAGAAGAAUCACACGCCAGCAAACAAGAGAAAACUGAGAUGUUUUGACUUUGACUUCGCGCACUGGCCUGCAGAUUUCUCCUGGACAGAAGUCAGCAGUCCGAAGCUUUCCAAGGCCGGUGUUUCUUUGUUGAAGCCAGAGCCCAGACUGAGAGGAGCUGCAGACAGCGUCCUCAACUCUGUGCGCACGUUACCAUGUCACAUCAUCGGUUUUCUUAUUGCCCACUCGUUUGGGAGGAGGAUGCUUUACCCCGGCUCAGUGGGUUUGCUGCAGAAAGCGAUGAGGCCCAUGCUGCAGCAGGGCCAGGCUCGUCUGAUAGAAGAGUUUGACGGCCAGAGGAACAAACUGGUGGCCUGCGACGGCAAUGAGAUCGACACAAUGUUUGUGGAUCGAAGGAAAGACGGAGGGCGGAAGGGCCGGACUCUGGUCAUCUGCUGUGAGGGCAACGCCGGCUUCUACGAGGUGGGCUGCAUGAACACGCCGCUGGAGGGUGGAUACUCGGUGCUGGGCUGGAACCACCCCGGCUUCGGAGGCAGCACGGGAGUGCCGUUUCCCCAGAACGAGGCCAAUGCCAUGGACGCGGUGAUCCAGUUUGCGAUACACAAACUGGGCUUCCAGCUCAGCGACAUUGUUGUGUACGCCUGGUCAAUAGGCGGAUUCACAGCCAGUUGGGCAGUAAUGUCAUACCCAGAGAUCCAGUCAUUAGUCCUGGACGCCUCCUUUGACGACCUGCUGCCUUUGGCCCUCAAAGUCAUGCCUGACAGUUGGAGACCGCUGGUGCAGCACACAGUCAGGCAGUACAUGAACCUCAACAACGCUGACCAGCUCCUCAAAUACCAGGGACCGAUCCUGAUCAUCAGGAGAACCAGAGAUGAGAUCAUCACCACAACGGGCCCAGAGGACAUCAUGUCCAACAGAGGCAACGACCUGCUGCUGAAACUGCUGCAGUUCAGGUACCCUAAACUCAUGACAGACGAAGGGAUCAGAGUGGUCAGACAGUGGCUGGGAGCCUCCAGUCCUUUAGAAGAAGCGUCGGUGUACAGCGGCUACGAAGUGGACGACGACUGGUGUGUGUCCGUGCUGCAGUCGUACCAGGCAGACAGAGACGUCUCGUUUCCGUGGAGCGUCGGAGAGGACAUGACUCUGGAGGGGAGACGGCAGCUCGCUCUCUUCUUGGCACGGAAGUACAUGCGAAACUUUGAGUCGACGCACUGCACUCCUCUCCCCGCCACCGAGUUUCACUCUCCCUGGAGACUGUAGAGGAAGCCCCGGAUGAGGGGAAAUGAGGAGCAGAGGAUCCGACGGCCUCUGAUCAGCGUGUUCCUGCAAUGGUGUGAAUGUACUACUGUGACUUUUCUUCCAGAUUGUUGUUUUUUUUUUUUUUUUUUUUUCUAAGACAGGUUUGUAGUGUUGCUGUGGAGACAUCUGGACAGAUCUGAUCUACCCUCACAGCCCCCCACCCGCACCUACCUUAGCCGAAACAAAAAAAAGUUAAAUAUGGUACAUUUUAAGGUUCGUGUUGAGUCAUAUUUCAGUGUUUCUUUUUCAAGAAAAAAAAAAGACGUUUGAAUAAAUGAACAAGCCAUUACUCACUCACUCCCUCCACCCGUUCUCUCUCUUUGGCUGCAUUUGUCAAGCAACUGUAAAUGUUGCAACAAUUACACGAGCUAUUGUAAAUCCAGAACGACGCAGCCAAAGUGUUCCACAUUGUGUUCCUCAACAAAGAUGUAAUAGAAAAUGAAACUCUUAAAUGUUGUAUUAAACAUGCUGAAUUAAAAAAAGAAUGGACUUCAGGGAUUUUUAUUCAAUUUGGUCAUGAUAUGAUCCAAGUGUUCAACAAAUUGCGGAGAUAAACAAGAGACACAGAUGAAUAAAUUGCUUAUGAAUAUUACAUAGAGAAGCACUUUGUGUUGUGAGAGAUUUAUUGAAUUCCCUGUGUACUACAAUCGGUUCAUAAAAUGAAUAUGAAAAUUAGCGCGACGACGAGAAAA